CUCCCACUUCACCUCUGUUCUUUCAUCUUGUGCUUUCGACCACGCGCUUUCGCGGCAGACGGAGACCUGUCCUCGUGGCCGAUUGAAUUCCUUACGUGCUUCUAUGAUUUAGUGCUACCUUUCAAACAGAGCUCCUUUGUGCUCCCUCACAAAGAGAGAGGCUUUGCCUCGUCCUUGUUCGCCUCCCCACCUUAGGAACCCCCGGACCUGCGUAGGCGACCCUUGUCUCACUCAUUUCGCUUCUGCAUCUCGCCGGCCCUGAAUCUACAUUGUUCGCCUUCGUAUUCGCCAAAAUGUCCUACCUCCAGCAACAGCUUAAGAGCUUCAACGCCAGUGUCAUCGACUCCGCGAGUAAACUUGGACAGCAGAGACGCUUCAUCCAUAAUAACAACGCUUCGCCCUCCGCAAGCAGCUCCCAGCUUCCGUCGUCCACAUCUACUCCGACGCCCAGCGGCGGGGACCGCAAGCGCCACGAUGCGGACAUCGUGUACUCACAGCCGGCCAACACCGGCACGGGCAAGGAUAUCAUGACGCAGGUCGUCUUCGCGAUCGAGCACAUGAAAUCGAAGGGUGUGCCGCUCAGGUUCGCCGACAUCGUCUCGUACCUCUCUCUACAGCACCGCGCCAACGACCAAGGCUACGUCCAAGCCCUGCGGAGCAUUCUCCAGGUGCACGAGAAGGUGCAGUACGACCCCAGCGGCGCCAACGGCGAGGGCACCUUCAGCUUCCGGCCGCCGCACAACAUCCGCACCGCGGAGCAGCUCCUCAAGAAGCUUCAGGCGCAGUCGACGGGUGCGGGAAUGAGCGUUCGCGAGCUCCGGGAAGGGUGGCCGAACGUAGAGGAUACGAUCAACGAGCUCGAGAAGGAAGGGAAGCUCCUCGUGACGCGCAACAAGAAGGACGACCACGCUAAGAUGGUCUGGGCCAACGAUCCUUCGCUGAUCCAGCACUUCGACGACGAGUUCCGGCAGAUCUGGGAGAAGAUCAAGAUUCCGGAUCAGCAGACCGUCAAGGAGGAGCUGGAGCGCGCCGGAAUCGUUCCCACCAAUAAGAACAAAGUCGUUAAGCAGCGGCCCAAGUUCGAGCACAAGAAGGUCAAGAAGCCUCGCCGCAGCGGGAAGACUACCAAUACCCACAUGAUGGGGGUCCUCCGGGAUUAUUCUCACCUGAAGCGGUAAGAGGGCCAAAUUAGAUGAUGGGGUUUGGGUUUUUGCUGCUUGGGUGAUCCGUCCUCGUGCGCUUACUUGAUCCUUAAGAGAACGCUCCCAAACUCAGGCCAAGGUACGCCAUUUUCUAUCUCUUUCUUUUUUGCUAUCGCGCUUCGCAUUAAAUUGGCGUUGGUUGGGGAGGGGAUUAUUAGACGCAGGAAAGGAUAUACCUCGAUUUCUUCGCAAUUGUCGACUAACUCUCAUCUACGUUUGGUCAAAUUCAUCGUCUGGCGGUUGCUAUCGCCUUUACAUGUGUACUAUACAAGCAAAAUCGAUACCCAAAC